AUGGCUUGGAAGUGGCAAAAAGAGGUCACAAAUUACCAAAUGAGGAGAAUCCUAUGGCCAAAGACUCAAGAAAAUAAUGCAGCAAAAGCAGAGAAGGGUCACUUUGUUGUGUAUAGCUCAGAUAAGAGGCGCUUUGUGCUUCCUUUGCUGUAUUUGAACAACAAUAUCUUCAGAGAGCUUUUCAAAUUGGCAGAAGAAGAAUUUGGUCUUUCUAGCAACGUGCCCCUAACGUUGCCUUGUGAAGCCACAUUAAUAGAGUACGUAAUAACGUUUAUCCAGAGAAACAUAACUAAGGAUCUGGAGGAAGCUGUGUUAAUGUUCGUAGCUACUAGUCGAUGCCAAUCAUAUGUUGAUCUUCAUCGUGAACGAACCAAUCAACAUUUGCUUUACAGCUACUAA